UGCUGAUGUUGACGGAACAGGACACCGGGGCACUGCCACGAUGCAGUGCCAGGAUCACAGGAUCCUCGCCGCCUGUCCGGUCCAAGGGGACCACGAGACUUUGGCAGCUUACCCUCAGCGGGUGCAGGCAUUCACAGAUGCCGUCGAAACAGCAAAGGCACUGCAAGAGGCAGCAGAAGCAGAACAUCAGCGGCUUGCCCAUGAGGCGGCAGCCCAAGCUCAGCGGACUGCUGAGGCUGACGCAACGGCUCGAGACAAACGGAAUGCCGCCAGUGCUGAGUCGUUGAUUCAGAAUGAGAGUCAGUGGACAGCACUACUCCAAGCCAUGACCUUUGUGCCUACGGACAAGCAGGCGGAUCCGACACCGGAGGAGGCGGAAAGGAGUAACCUAGCUAACUUGAUGCUGUGUAUAAUGAGGGCAGUCAUGUGGAACAACACGAUGCAGACUGUGCACGCGCACACUGGACGACAGAUGAGACAGACUCAGCAGAGAGAGUCUUCAACCUUGACAGCCGCCAUCCGCGCAGCAGCACAACAUCAGCAGCAACAGCAACAACAGCAACAGCUGUUGGCAUCCACUAUCACACGCGUCAACAGCAUCGAGGCUAAGCCCACAGCAGCACCAGGCUGCACGAUGGACAUGACAAAGCAGCUCGGAGAGCGCAUCGACUAUGUCAUCAACAUCAUCGGCGACCUGAGUGACUUUACCAGUGCGGCCACGAUCAGCAGGACGGUGGCCGCCAUCAAGACGGACAUCACCAAACUGCAGUCACGACCGGAAGCCGCCGCGAAGACGUUCAAAAUGCCACGCUUCAACAUCGCCAAGUUCGACGGCUACAACAAAAUGGAUGCAUUGGCAUGGUGGCAAGAUUUCGUCACCGAAGCAGCCUGCCACCACGUGCCGGACAACCAGAUGAUGACAGCACUCUACCUCCAACUCAUUGGAGGAGCACAAACAUUCAUGAACCACACAACGGCCAAUCUGGGAACCACCAUCGCCAACCUGCACAUGCACAUUACGUGGGAGCAGCUCGAGCAAAUGUGGUACACUCGAUUCAUGGUCCGCAAUGUAGUAAAGGCGGCCAUGAACGACGUCUACUCCAGUUCACAAGGGAACAUGUCAACACAAGACUGGAUGAUCAAGGGGCAGAAGAUAUUUCCUAGGCAGUUGGAGAGGGAAAAGAAGAAGAAGAACGAGAACAAGAAAGCGAGGAAGGAAGCUGAGCGUUUGGAAGAAAUGAACAAGAACCUGGACAUCAAGGUAGCGGUGCGCAUCGGUGAGCUACGGGAAGAUGUACGAGAAGACCUCAAAAAUGAGAUCCGUGAAGCGAUUAGCAAGUUAUCUGGGGCUGUUGCACGAGGAAAUAGUAAGGAAGCACCCGCGACCGGAUCCGAGAGCAGUGCGAGUAGCAGCGAGACUGAAGAUUUGAGCAAUCGCACAUGCGAACUCUGCAUCUCCAAAAAGAGGAAACAGGGACCUGAACCUGUUUUUCAAGAUAGCCCCCCAAUGGAGCUCCCUCCAAAACGUACCCCGAGGCGACUUAUGAGACCGGCGAAGUUAACCGCGAGAUUUACGCGAUCUCAAAUGCGUGUGAAGAACAAGACUCCGAUGCCGAAGAAGACUCCCCCAACCAUUCGCAAGAAGAAUCCUGCAUCGAUUGGAAUCAUCGGGCGCUUGAAGUACGAGAAGCAGGUCUUGAAUGAUCUCAAGAACCUUGAUGCACUGGUGUUGCAGAACAUCUGCAAGGAGGAAGGGAUCGCGUAUAACGACAAGUUCAAAUUUAUAUUCGAUAUUGCCGCUCACCGUACCCGCGUUGCUUACGACACUGAUGGUGAAAGUGAAGAGGAGUCGUCGCAAUCCGGAGAUACUGUAGCUGUAGCUGUAGACGGUGGUAAGCAGGAAACCGAGUGAUGUGGUUUCAGUAUUACUGACCUUUGGAAAAUUGUCGGUUGCCUUACAAGGUGGAGAGCUAAGAAUAG